AUGGCGAGAAAGAGGGGAAGGAGUGGUUCGAAGACGGGGAGAAGGAUUUUGGUUUCUUCUCGGCGAAGCAUAUACUUAUAUGAAAAGGAAAAGAAGACGAAGAGGAAGACGGAACCGGAGAAGGAGGGAAGGGACCGGGCUUUUCUCGAUAGAAGGAGAAGAUCCUGGGAUUCUCAAGAGGGAUUCUGGGCUUCUCUCGGCCAAAGAUAUUCAAGAAGAAGAGGACGAGGACUGACGGGAGAAAGACAGAAGGAGAAGCGAAGAGAGGCUGGUUUCUCUGCAAAAGGAUACUCAUAUAAAAAAGAAAAUAGAAGACGACGAGGAGGGAGCCGAAGAAGAAGAAAACCUGGGACCAGGAAGAAGUCAACGGCACCUAGAGAGAAAACGAGAUGA